AUGCGUCGUAAGAAAGAUGACAUUGCCAAGUUUGCCUGCUUAUGGUAUCCCCAGGCCCGUAAGCGGGAGAUGGAGGCACUGGCGCUCUACACGACGUGGCUGGUGUGCUGGGAUGAUGCUGUCGAUGCUAACGAGGGCGAUCUGGCGGGUGAUUUUGCCCAUGCGGAAUGUUGGAGACGGCAGACUUUGAGAGUGGUUCGCGAGGCUUUGGCCGUUGACGGAAUGUAUGAACGUGGAUCAGACGGUGAUCCGAUUAACGAUGUUUUUCGGAAUUUCGGCUCGCGAAUCUGCGAGACAGCGUCGAGGGAUCAGCGGCGGAUCUUACAUGAUGAGAUACAGCUAUUUACUGUUAGCUGCGCAGCUGAGCAGGAACUGCGCCUGGCUGGUCAUGUACCGGACUAUGAGUCGUAUAUGAAGCUCAGGAUCGGCACCGUCGGUGGCAGGAUGCUUUGCAGUCUUGUCCCAUAUGCUACGCAGGAGAGACUACCGCAAGCAGUUCUUUCGAGCCCAGAGAUACAUCAGCUAUGGAAACAAGUAUGUGUUCUACUGAGUUUGUUGAAUGAUUUGUUAUCGUUGAAGAAGGAGUUGCAAACAGAUUGUGUCAUCAAUGCUGUUUCUGCCAUUAUGAAGCCAAACAUGACAUUGGAUAUGGUGGUUGCUGAGUUGGAGGUAAGAAUGAGAACGGCAGUCAGGAAGUUUGACGAUGCUGCAAGCAAAUUGAUCAACGGUAUGGAAGCAGAAGGAGAAGUGCGGCCUCUUGUUGAGAGAUACGUCGAAGGAUGUCGCUCCAUCGUCACUGGUACUCUCGAGUUUACGUUUGUAUACCUUGGAAGAUUUAUAUCAGGCGCCUACUGA